UCUCCAUGGCAACGCGGGCCCACAUGGCGCUGAGCGGCCGGAACUGGCCCGGGACGGUGCCCGAGGCGCCCCGAGCUCCCGGUGCUUCAGGGGGCCGGGUGUCUGUAAGACAGGGAAAGAAGAAGAAAUGCAUAUUCUGGGGCAUUGAGGUGGCUGAAACACUCAUUUGGCAUGGCUGGGAACUUGGACAAGAGAUGAUCAGACACCUGACCUUGAAAAAUGUUCAUGAGAAAACCCAGAAGCUGAGCUACAGGUGUCCUCCCACGCCAUUCUUCUUCACUGUUUUUCCGCAGCCGAUUACUCUCAGCCCUGGAAUGUCCAUAACUCUGCCCAUCGUUUUCCGGCCCAGUGAAAAGAGGGAGUAUGAAGACAGCAUCUGCUUUGUGAAAGCUGAGGGUGAGUUCUCUGUUACCCUGCGUGCUGUGCUUCCACGCCUCCGUCUGUCCUUCCCGGCUGCUCUCCAGUUGCCUGUCUGUGCUGUCCACAGUGUCACAGAGACGACAUUCCCUGUGCGCAAUGUUGGUGAUCUCUUUACCACAUUUGCCUGGAAGACACCAAGUCCUUUCUGCAUGAUUCCUGACCAUGGCAAGCUGAAACCAGGUGCCGAGUGCAUGGUCAAGGUGGUCUUCCAACCCAAAGUGGCUGGGGUUCAUGAUGGGGUAGCCACAUGCUGGUUUGGAGAUCAAGAGAAACAAAAGAGGAUAAUCCAGCUAAAAGCCAUAGCCAAGUACCCCUAUCUCCGUGUGCAUGUGACAGGGAAGAAGUAUGAAGGUGUACAGCCUGGAAAGUUUCGGGAUGUCCUGUGCUUUGGAUCAGUGCCAGUGGGGACAACUGUGGAAAAGUGUGUAGAAAUCUUCAACCUGUCUGUGGUUGAUGCACCAUGUAGGAUAAAGCGAGCAAAAGAUCCUGUGCUUUGUGAUUAUGUUUUCUCCUGUGAUGUGUCCCACGGCAUUGUUCCUGCCAAAGGGAAGCUGGUCUUGUGCAUACAGUUUCGGCCUCAAGUAGUAGGAGAACACAGUACUGACUAUUUCACUAUCACAUCUGCUGGAUGCCUCCUGGAGACUGUUCUGAAGGUGGUUGGCUCAUGUAAAGGUCCUUUGGUGUCCCUGGACCAAUAUUCUGUGGACUUUGAAUGGAUCAAUCUUGGAGAAAGUUUGAUGCAGACACUGAAAAUCAGCAACAUGUCAGAUGUCCCAGCCUAUUACCAGUUUGAUAUUGAUUGCAAAGGAAGCGUCUUCUCCUUGGAUCGCCCUUGUGGAAUCUUGGAGGGCACAACAACACUAACACUGAAGGUGACCUUUCGACCUACUCACCCAAUGACCUAUCACCGUAGAGUCGUGUGCCUUGUCCACCAUCAGGAGCCCAUGUAUGUGGACUUUUUUGGCACCUGCCAUUCAGGCACAGCUAAGCCAACCACCCUUCAGGCAAGCCACCUCUCCUCAUACCGAACCAACAUGGUGAGGGGACUGACCUUCUAUCCCCCUGAUAUCCUGAGUGUGAUGCUAAAGGAUGGGAAGUUGCAGAUGGAUGGAAAGGGAGCCCUCAUGCUGCCCCCUGAGAUCUCUCAAGACAAGCCUCCCGAGGAAUACUUUGAACCCAACUCCAUGACUGAAUAUUUCUGUGAUGGUGUAAGAAGUGAUCUCGCCUCGUUUCCCACUCAUGUUAGUGUCAGCCCCAGGGAGUACGAUUUUGGUUGCUGUGUACCACCUCACAGGGCAGAACCUCUUCCUCUCUAUGUGACCAACCACACCAAAGGAAAUAUCAUUGUUGCCUGGACUCCAAGCCAUGGCAGUGCCUUCCUAGUGCACCCUGAAAUCUGUGACAUCCCACCUCUGAAGACUUCAGCCUUCCGUGUCCUUUUCAAGCCCACUCAGGUCAACAGUCUCUAUGCAGCAGAGCUAGAAGGUUUUGCCUUCUACAAGGUGAUGAGACACUACACCAAUGUUGAGAAUGAUGCCACCAUCUGUCCGUCAUGGUGCCUGACUGUGAAGCUGAGAGCACACACGUAUGAAGCAGGACGGGAACACUUCAUUCCACAGUACAUCCUGGAUGUCCCCAAGACUUUUCCUCCUGUGGUUCCUGACACCGAUACCUACUGCAGCAUGCUGCUGUUGAACACGAGCACCUCUUUGAUGACUUUCAGUGUGAACCAAACUGCCUGUCCCUCUGUUUUGGUCAAGCCCAGCUCAGGACACAUCAUUCCAGGAGGCCACCAGAUUUUUUUUCUCUCCACUCACCCAGUCAAGACAGUCUCACAGCAGCAUAUCCUGCCUCUACAGCUGAACUCUUAUCCUGGAUACACCAAGGAGAUUUCUCUCCAGAGUUGUGGGGAGUCCCUUCUUUUGCUGUUAGAAGGUGAUGGAAAUCUAUACUUCAAGCCUCUCUAUGUAGGGACCUCCUCUACACGAAUGUACACCAUAAAAAACUGCACAAGGCUACCCAUGAUUUUCACAUGGAAGAUACCUCAAUCUGACAGUAAGAUCCUGUCUGUCAGCCCCACUGCAGGGAUCCUCCAGCCCAAUGAAGCCAUGGCUCAGGCAUGGACUUUUACUCCAGAUGAGGAGACCAAGUAUCUGCUACGAGCUAUGGUGUUCGUGAGGUGGAAAAUCUCGGAUCCUGUGUCUCCCGAAAGUGUCCGUUAUGCCUUACAGGUUUUUGGAGAGGGGGCACUGGGCACCAUCAGGGCGCAAAAGAGGUACCUGGACCUUGGAAAUGUUCUGGUUGGUGACCUGCAAAGCUGCAGCAUUGUACUGCUAAAUGAUGGGAUCUGUUCUCUGAAUUACAUCCUCAGUGUGGAACAACUCAUCACUGGGCCCUGUGACCCUGAGGAGGUCCGCAGCGAUCCACUAGCUCUAGAGUUGGACUGCUCCAGAGGGACAAUCCCUGCAAGAUCAAAAGCUUUUGUUGGAAUAACAGUAAGGCCAGCCCGUCGGCUGCAUUACACCUGGUCAAUCAAAUAUGCUCUUUGCACCCCGACAGCUACAGAUCAUGCAAGCACAAAAGAGGAGCAGCAGCCCCUCUGCUGCAUUGUAGCAACGGGCAUCUACCCAACUUUGUGCAUCACAGAUGCCUGUUCAGCAGGAAGUGCCAACAAUAUCAGCAAGUUGCACCUCUGGAAGCUCUUCUCCUUGGACACACUGAAUGAAUACUUGGAGCGAGACCCAACUCCCGGCGAGCUCACCUACAGAGUUCCCACAAGGCACAGCACAUGCUUGAUCCCUCCAGUGUAUACUCCUCUUCUGCUGGAUUUCAACUUUGGGUCUGCCCCUGUAGGCUCAGAGCCUGCCCUUGUGAUGCUUCUGCUGGAGAACAAGGGUGUGGUGCCUGUGGACUGGGCCUUCUUGUUUCCUUCUGAUCAGAAGAUGGACAUGGAGCUUUGGGCAGAGGAUAUUGAGUUUAGCCCUCGGGAGCUGCACCAGAUGAGAAUUCAGGAUAACCAGCUCUUCAGUGUUUCCCCAAAGUCAGGAACACUUCUUCCAGGACAGGAGAAAUCUGUCCAACUCUCACACAGACAUGAUUUCAUUGGCACUGAUCGCCUCCCCGUCCUGCUGAAAGUUUCCUACGGCCAUGAGAUUCUGCUGACCUUCAUUGGCGUGACAGUGGAACAUGACCAGCGGUAUGCUCAUUUUGCAUCCACUAAGCACCUUUUCACACCCAUUGCCAUUGGAGGCUCCCGCCCUCCCACACAGAUUUAUAAACUCUACAACGGUGGCUCCAUGCCUGUGAUGUUUGAGGUUCAGCUGGACAACCUCAUGAGGAUACAGGAGGAGAAUUUUCAGCAUCCUGUGUUUGUCUGCCUAACUCCUAGAGGAGAAAUCCCCCCUGGCAAAACAGGCCACAUUGAGUGGAUCUUCUCACCACUGGAAGCUAAAACGUACUCGGUUGAUGUUCCCAUCCACAUCCUGGGGGGUGAAUCAGCCCUGAUCACUUUCCAGGGAGUAGGCUACAAUCCAAAUGCUGUAGGAGAGGCUACCACAUCCAGCAAAGCUUUGUCUCCUUCAGUCUUUCCAGGUUCUAACAAGCUAAUUGUGCCUGGACAGGUAGCCACCUUGUCACACCACAGGAUUUGCUUUGGAAAUAUCCCAGACUGCACCAAAGCCAGUCGACUUGUCUUUCUCAACAAUAUCUCGGAGAGCAAGGCUGUUGUGUUUGCCUGGCAGAUAAGCCCCUGUAAAGACAAGAAGGUGUUGCAGAUUGCUCCAGAGUCAGGGGUUGUGCAGCCUGGAGAGAGCAUCCCUUGCUUCAUCACACUGGGACCCACAGGGAAUCCCUCCUCCUGCAGCACAGAUCUGGUGUGUGAGGUAUACAUACAGGAGUCCCUGGUUCAGUAUGAGAGGGACCUGCAGGAGUGGCAAAAGGAGAAGGAACGGCAGGCUGUAGAAUUCACCAUCACAGAGAAGGACCUUGGGACUAAGAGUAAGCCAAUGUCACCUGCAAUGAGGUUAUCAGAUUCUGCUGAGACAGAAAAUCUUCCUGAAUCCUCAGCUGUAAUCAGGAAAUACAAGACAUUACCCCCUAUUAAAAGCCACCCUAAGCCCAGUCAGCCAUCUGGACCCCUUGAGAGGAGGCUGCUGUUGGGCAAAGACACCAGCGGGUCUUGGGUGUGGGUCAAACCAGAGCAUCCCAAGCCCAUGCUCUUACACCUUGAUGUGUCAGCCAGGUCCCAUGCUAUUGAGGACUUUCUCAGGAACUUCGCUUUGGAGUUGCCCAAAUACUUCUUGUCCCGCUCCUUCAGCGCCCAGCCCUCAGAGAGUGAGUUUGUGGAUUGGAGUAGGUACAGAAACAGGAUGGACAUGGAGCCCAAAAGUAUGUCCCUGGUGGCUGCUUUGAAACAGGAGUUGCAGAUGAUGACUGACAUACUCACAGGUGUCAUCAGAGGCCUCUUGGAGAACGCCCAGUUCCACGAUGCAGUGAGAAGAAGCCAGGAUCAGCCUAUUCCAUAUUUCUCCCAGUUCCGGUCUGCAAAAUCAGCAGAAGUCCGGGACAGGAGACAGUGCUCCACGAUCCCCUCCAGGGCCUCUGCUUCGUCAGAUCUUUACCUUGAGAAAAAUGGAGAGAAGAAAGAAAUGAGUCAGGAAACCUCUCCCAGUGAUUUGCUGCAGUCUUGGGAGAUUUUUCACCACAAGCAGUUGAGUGAGAGGAAGGAGAUGAUAAGUAGGCAGCCGGCUGUUGGGAACCUCGUGGAGCUGGUGCUGGAAAACACACUGCAGAAUAUCCUGAUUGAAGCCAGUCGUGGGGAGGUGGUGCUGACAGCCCGGCCCAGGGUCAUUGCUCUACCCCCCAGCCCUUCCCGAAGAGUCACCAAUCCGGCCCCCCCAACCACCAGAGCAUAGUUGCUGGGCACUGUGCUGCUUGAGCUCUUCAAGCACAUCAGCUCUCUCCAUUCUUCAUCCUGUCCCUGUGAUGUCCAGAGCAACUCUGACCCUCCCAAACCAUGACCUGAGCUCAGCAUGCUGGCUGCCUCUGAGGAGGUAUGUACUGAUUAUGUUCUCAGCUCCAAUAUGAAUCCUCUGACAACUCCACAGCAGAGUUUGUGAGAUCUCUCCUUUCUGUGGCUGGCCACAUCAUUGGAGAAGAACUCUGUGCUACAGGGAGCACACGGAAAACCUCUGUGACAAUUACCACUUGUCCCAGUCUGUACCAGCUGGGAAAGGAGUGGAAUCUGCUUUGAAAUGUAGCUGACUGACUUUGAAAUGCAGACUGACAGCUGGGCAAUGAGAUGAUAAGCCCCUGACGACAUCAGUAGGAUGCAGGUACUGAAUCCUCCUCCCCUCCUUGCUCCAGUGAUGGCUGCAGGUUCCCCUUACAGCGACCAGCCCGAGGAGGCAGCUGCAGCACCAUCAGCACACUGAGCAGCCAAAUAAAAGCAACUUGGCCUCUGGACACAGACACCAG